AUGGAAGGCAACAUGGAGAACCAACAUGAAGAAGACGCUCAUAACCGUGGGGGAGGAGGUAGAGCGAAUCAUGCUGGGGAAGAUAGAAGAGUGUUAAGCUCUUACAUCAACCCAAACCCAGGCAAUUGCGGAAGUAGCAUCCAAAAACCCACAAUCCAGGCCAACAACUUUGAACUGAAACCACAACUCAUCACCCUUGUCCAGAACAACUCUGAGAACGACUACUUCUAUGCAUCCGAAAGAGGGAACACUAGAGGAGUGAUAGAGCUCAACAAUGUAGAUCCUCUGCUGGCUCAGAACAAGCUCAUUACCAAGCAGUUAGCUGACCUCACCAAGAAGAUGGAAAGGAAUCAAGUGGCAGCCAUCACCACUUCAUCAAUAGCCCAAGAAGGAGUUGCUAAAGGGGGAGAGGGAGAUCUUGAGCAAGCCAACUACAUUGGGAAUUCACCUAGACAAAGCCAUGAUCCAUACUCCAAAACAUACAACCCUGGAUGGAGAAAUCACCCAAACUUUGGGUGGGGAAAUCAGCAAGAUCAAAGUCAAGAACAGAGGCGUUACAACCCCAACAACAAUGCAGCUCACCAACAAUUAUCCCAAAGGGCAUAUCAACAUCAAAACAACACCUCUGCUCUCAAUCAAUCAUCAAUUGAUGAAAGAUUCACUAAGCUUGAAACCUUACUUGAAGGAAUAUGCAAAGACAACCAAGACGAUAAGUUGUUUAAAGAGGAGGUGCGAGCCAAUAUUAAGAACCAGGGAGAGUCCAUCAAGAAGCUGGAAUACCAGGUGGGAUGCCUAGUUGAGAAGAUUCCCAAGCCUACUGAUAUCUUCCCAAGUGACACGGAGAAAAACCCAAGAGGAGAAGCAAAGAAAGUAAGAUGGGAGGAUUGCAAAAUGGUCACUACAAGUGAUCAAGAAGCUGAAGACAAGCAAGGCAAACAACCCAACCAGCCUGCAAACAAGUCAAAGGAGGAGGCAGAAAGAGAUCACCAGGAACCAGAAAUCUCACAACAAGAACUGCUAAGGCUAUAUGCACCAUUUUCCCAACUGCUUAAGGGUGUUGUGGGAACAAGAAUAUACUCAAGGUUCCUAGACUUAUUCGCAUCUUUGAAUGUGAACAUACCAUUCAUCAAGGCCAUUCAGCAAAUGCCAGCAUUCAUCAAAUACAUGAAGGAGCUUCUUCCCAGAAAAAGCUCACUCAAAGGAGGACAGACUAUAGUGAUGAACAAGGAAUGUAGUACCCUGAUUCAACCUGAGUUGCCCACAAAAAGGAGAGACCCAGGGAGUUUUCACAUCCUUUGUGUAAUAGGGGAGACAUUUUUUGAUAAAGCACUAUGUGAUUUGGGGGCAAGCAUCAAUCUACUACCCUUGUCUCUGGUGAAAAGGCUGCAAAUCAAUGAGAUACUACCCACAGAUGUGGUGAUAAGGCUGGCUGACAAGACUCAAAAGUAA